AAAAUUUGACUGUUCGGCUCCUAAAAUGGCAGCAGGUCUUCAUCCUGAGUGUUUUUAUGUUUUCUGUCUUGGGAUUCCCGCUGAUCUAAAUCUUUGUCUCUGUGUUUCUCAGACAAUAUCUGGGACUCUGUGUACCAGGACCUUGAAACACAGUCUUGCAGUCUGGUUCUGUUCACCUUCCUGUUUUGUGCCUUUCGCUGCUAACAUUAGCUCGUGCUGUGGACACUCAGUUCACCGCUGGACAUAUCAUCCUCCACUCGUCCUGAUUUCUAACCUUUCAUUUCACUGACGUACUGAAAGUCACCACGUCGCAGGCAGAAAGAGACACAUAACACAAAAGACAAAACUCCUCUUUAAAAGACAUUUCAGUUCUGUUCAAAAGGUCCGCUGUAAUGUUAGAAUUAUUUAUUUAAUUGAGAGCUGCACAACGUCACGUGAUUAGUUCCAGCACGUUCGCGCAGCCAGCGGGGGGUUACAGGUUACAGCCGCAAACCGAAAGUAUUGGAGCAGGUUAAGGAGAACGGGAGCUUUUCUCCCACAUGUUACUUUGGAUUUCGGAGUCAUACGUGACAUUUCAAGUUCUUUGUGUGCGUGUUGGAAUUGAAUUGAAGAAGAAGAAGAAGAGGGCAUGAUGUUCAACCAAUCAAAUCACACCUCAAACAACACUGAUUAUUACGAUCAGACUGUUAUCUACGAAGACGACUAUGUAGGACUUUGUUCUCACCAGAAGAACCAGAGCGUUGAGCAGGUGGUUGGGCCAUACAUCCACUCCAUCAUCUGCAUCCUGGGCUUCGUGGGCAACAGCCUGGUCAUCGUCACCUAUGCCUUCUACAAGAGGACCAAGUCCAUGACUGACGUCUACCUGCUCAAUGUGGCCAUUGCGGACCUGCUGUUCGUGUUGUCGCUGCCCCUCAUUGUCUACAACGAGCUGUCUUCGUGGUCGAUGGGGCCGGUGGCUUGCAAGCUUCUGCGCGGCUCCUACAGUGUCAACCUGUACAGUGGCAUGCUGCUUCUCGCCUGCAUCAGCGCCGACCGCUACAUCGCCAUUGUCCAGGCCCGCCGCAGCUUCAGGCUGCGCUCGCUACCAUACAGCCGCGUCAUCUGCACCAUCGUCUGGGUCUGCGCCUUACUGCUGUCCGUCCCCACCUUCUACUACUACCACUGGUACGAGCCGGGCAUCAGUGAGGAGUCUUUCUACCUCUACGAGGAGGAGACGACUCCUACUCUGGCGCCGAGUCCUCCUCAGUACGUUUGUGAAUUCAUGUUCAAGGACAACAUCACGGCCUGGAGGACCAAGAUUGCCGUCCCCAGCACCCAGCUGGCCGUGGGCUUUUUCCUGCCGAUGCUUAUCAUGGUGUUCUGCUACACCGCUGUCAUCGUCACCCUGCUGAAAGCCAGAAACUUUCAGCGGCACAAAGCAGUGCGGGUGGUGCUGGCUGUGGUGGCGGUGUUCAUUAUCUGCCACCUGCCCUACAACAUGACACUGCUCUACGACACCGCCACAAUGUUUGAGUUGCAGACCUGUGAAGCGUCCGAUGCCCUGCAUACCGCCAAAACAGUGACGCAGACCAUCGCCUACCUGCACUGCUGCCUGAACCCGGUGCUGUACGCCUUCGUCGGGGUGAAGUUCAGGAACCACUUCAGGAGGAUCUUCCAGGACCUGUGGUGUCUGGGGAAGAGGUACAUCACCCCACGACGCUUCUCCAGGGUCACUUCUGAGAUCUACGUGUCUACUCGCCGCUCGGUGGACGGAUCCAGCGAAAACGGCUCGUCUUUCACCAUGUGAUGACAUCUGGUGGGUUCACCAUUGGAUCCGUCUGGACCAGGAGCUCCUGGAACUGAGCCUGAGGCCUGCCAGCACCUGAGGUACAAACCUAACCCACCUCUAUAGAAACAAUUCUGUUGCUUCAAACCUUUGUUCUCAAAUCUGAGGUCCUGAGACAAAUCUGAGGUGUUAAAGACGAUUUAAAGUUUAAACUUCCAUCCUUCCAUCUGUCUUUCUUUUCUGUUGCUUUAAAAUUAUUUUAUUGUGAAAAACUGAGUUUCAUCUGUUCAGGACUGGAAAACUGCAAUGAAACGACCUGAGAAGGAAACAUCACUCUGAACAAGUCACAGCUUCAAGACAAACUCUGAUGAAGCUGAUUUAAAGUCGCGUGUCGCUGAAUCUGUAAUAAAGAUUGUUUACCAGUAGUUUUUCCAGAAGUCUUGUCAAAGAUUUGUACCAUGUAACUGUGGUAAUGUAAAUGCCCACAUACUGUCUGGAUGAUGUUCGUUAGCCUGUUGCUAACAUUGAUGUUAGCCUGUUGAUAUAAUAAAAUAAUAAAAUAAAGACUAUUUUCCAACUGAUUAAAUAAAACAUUAUAAAAUGAUAAUAAUUCAAACGUCGUCAUCCUCUGCUCUUUGUUCUUCCUGUAAUAUUUGAGUUUUAUAUGUUUAUGAAUGUUCUAAUUGAAACUGAAUAAAAUAAAUGUAUCUGUCUGUGUUGUACUUUACACAAUAA